AUGGUGUGGGUGAUCGAUCCGACUGCAUACAGAGGAGAUGAGAUGAAGGAUAUGGUGUUGGAGAAUCUUUCUUGCUCUGGUUCAGCGGCAUCACCGGAAUCGAGUUUUUCCUAUGCAAGCUGCAAACAGAGGUUUUUCCCUUUUAAAAAAUCUCUUCAUGUAUGUACAGAAGAAGCUUUAACAGCAUUGUUGAAAGUAAAAGUUGCAGCUUCUCAUAUUGAUGUGAUUAGUGCGGCUCAUACCACAAAGGCAAUCAUCAAGCAAAGUCGAGCUUCCAAGUGA